AUGCAAGUGGUUGCUGUGAGCCGCAUUUACCAUAACCCGAUACAGAUGUGCGACGCGACGUCGGCAAACUGGCGGCAGCCACCAACGUCGGCUAUCAAACGGAAACCCGAUCGCAGCGAGUCUCCCAACUCGGCGCUGAAACGACGAUUUCGUACGAAUUUCACAGAAGCUCAAUCGUUGCUGCUGGAAGAAGCGUUUCAAGAAUCCCACUAUCCAGAUCAGACGGCUAAGAAAGACAUGGCCGAGAAGCUUGACAUUCCAGAGGAUCGAAUUACGGUCUGGUUUCAAAAUCGACGGGCCAAGUGGAGACGUAAAGAGAUGAGAGAGAAAGAGAGGACCCGCUACGAUCAGUAUACACCAAGCAGCUACUGCUUCGAUACAACAUAUCGUUACGAUUGUAAUUCUAACUGUAACUUUGGAAUGCCCCUUCAACAGGAACCACCUCAACAAUCAACGUGCCAACUCUUCGUUACUUCAUCAUGCGCUCAGCUACAGUAG